AUGGGUUUCUUUCAGAGCAGCUCUGAGGGGCCUGAGAUAUCCGUCCCCGAGAUUUCAUUUCAACAACACGCAGAACCCAGAUCAGAGAAGACAGGGACUGCAGAGAAGGACAUGGAGGAGCCCAUAGAAGCCAAUUGUGAGAACGAAGAAGCGCAGUCACCAAAGAAACCCUUGUCUUUCCACUUGGCAUUCAUUGGCCUCGCCGCCAGUCUUUUUGUCUUCCAGAUGGACGCAACAUGUCUGGGUAUAGCACUGCCUACCAUUGCCGAGGAUUUAGGUGGCUCAAGUUUACAGUCUUUCUGGGCGAAUCUGGCCUAUACACUAUGUGGCCUCUCCUUGCAACCAGUCUGGGCAAGUAUCUCUGACGCAUUUGGAAGGAAACCGCCUCUUUUUGUAUCCAUGGGAUUCUUCUUUAUUGGAUCUAUUGUUUUCUCCACUGCCAAAAACAUGGACACGAUCAUUGUUGGCCGAGUAUUGCAGGGACUUGGCGGCGGAGGAAUCGACGUUCUCACCGAAGUUAUUCUGGCCGAUAUGACAACCCUGCAGGAGCGUGCCACAUACCUUGGCUUAAUGGCCAUUCCCGCAGCUAUCGGAAAUAUCCUAGGACCAACUGUUGGAGCUCUGUUUGCUUCCUACACUGGCUGGCAGUGGAUCGGAUGGAUAAAUUUGCCUAUUCUGGGGCUUGCUACAAUAUUACUGUUUUUCUUCCUUAAGUUACGGCCGGUCAAGCUCGACGACUCUCUUGGCCAUACUGUGGUCCGCCUUGAUUGGAUUGGUAUGAUACUAAUGAUCAUCGGUAUCACUAUCUUCGUGAUACCUCUUAGUUGGGCGGGCUCUCUAUUCCCGUGGGCUUCCUGGCAGACUCUUCUCCCGAUGCUUCUGGGAGUUGUGGUGCUUUUUGGCUUCGGGUUAUACGAAGCAUACCCAGUAUCACCAAUCAUUCCUCAUCGACUCUUUUAUUCUGCGACUGCGAAUAUGACAUUGCUGGGAGUGUUCUUCCAUGGCGCAAUUCUAGUAUCGCUUUUACAAUAUCUACCUUUGAUAUAUCAAGCUGUGCAACUCCAAACUCCAAUCAUGUCUGCUGUAUCCUUAUUACCGACUGUUGUUACUAGUGUGGUAUUUGCAGCUAUUUCAAUGAUGAUGGUCCCGCUUUUUGGAGGAUAUACGUGGCUCCUCCGGUUCUCCUGGGUCAUCCUUACACUAGGUACUGGUCUACUUGCUUUAUUCAAAGUAGGAUCAUCAGAAUCAAUGCGUUAUGGACUUCCGAUCUUGUGGGGAACAGGUGUUGCCUUACUCCGUCUAAGUAUCCUUCCGAUACAGGCGAGUGUCAAGGAUAUCAAUGACACUGGGCUCGCGAUCGCCUUACUGCUAACUAUUCGCAUGUUUGGAGGUCUAGUGGGGCUCACCAUUGCUUCAACCAUUUUCAAUACGACCUUUUCGACAUCGAUCUCCUCCUCUUCGAUAGAGCUUACCGGAUCCCUGUCACCCCUUAAGGACGCUGCCAAUGCUGUCAGUUUCAUUGACAAGCUGAGGCUACUUGAUAUUUCAACUGCAACCCUUGAUCCGGUCUUGAAAGUUUAUCUCAAAUGCUUCCAGACCAUCUUUUAUACAAUGGCGGGCCUGGCUGGUCUUGGUCUAGUGAGCUCAUUCUUUAUUGCCGAGAUUGACUUGAAUCGGAAAAAUCUUGGAGACCAACGGUUCGAGGAAUAG